AUGUCUAAUUCGAUCUCACAACGAGCGCGUUCAGCUGCACUAAGAGAGAAGCUUAAAGAGAUUGCCCGACAAGAACGUGUCGCUGCAUCUAAUAGUCACAAUACCGAACCACAGAUUAUACAGAAAGCGGUCAGCAUUAGGCUCUGGCGUCUCAUGCAGCGCCGUCUUCGAGAUCCCUCAGCUGGGAAGAAACUUAAACCCAUACGAAUUACUGAUACAGCAUUGCCAUCGUCCGAGUUAGAUGGAGAUGUUUUGAGUUUUGAGCAGGAAGAUGAAAGUCAUACUUACAGUCAGUCUGAGGAUUUCGUGGAGCUAAACGGCGAAGAUGAAGAAGAUUUGCUGGAUGUCGAGUAUGAGAGUGAGUGGGAAGAUCUUUUCACAGAUCUGGAGAUAGGUGACUCUCCGGUUGAUGAUGAUAUGCUCGACUACCUUCACGACGAACAGCACGAUGGUCAUAAUGAGAUCACUGCUGGCUUGCUUGAGGAUGAGCUGUCUUUAGUCUCUGAAGAUAUGCUAGAGCUAUAG